AUUUGGCAACCUCGCAAGUCGCAGCCUAAUCCGCGCAAACGAUCAAAAGAAUUCCCGAACCCCGCGGGGGCCGCGGCAUCCAUGGCCGGCAACGGAGAACUUCCCGAGGACCAAGGCAGCAACCGCGCUCCAACUCCGGUCUCGUCCGCUGCCCCUCUUCCGUCUCCGUCGAUGGCCACCGCCCCCUUCCACGUCGACAUCUCGAUUUUCACCCGCACCCCUUUCUACUGUGAGGAGAAUAUCUAUUUGCUUUGUAAGAAACUAUGUACAAUUGGGGUUGCUGAUCCAACAGGGGAUGAUCUUUUUGUCGUGUUCAUAUCCAAUGAAGAGAAAAAGGUUCCACUAUGGUAUCAGAACGCUAGUAAAAGAAUUGAUGGACUGGUGUUGUGGGAUUACCAUGUGAUCUGCAUUCAGGGUAAGUCACAAAGAAACAGAGAAAGCAAUGCUCAUCCUCUGGUAUGGGAUUUGGAUUCAAGUCUUCCUUUCCCUUAUCCUCUUGACCAAUAUUUUGCUGAAGCUAUUCGCCCACUUUUAUAUCUCAAUUCCAGACAUAGCAGGCUUUUUCGGGUGGUUCAUGCUCCUAUAUUUCUUCGUUUCUUUGCAUCAGAUAGAAGACACAUGAAGGAUUCCCAAGGGAAUUGGAUUUCAUUGCCUCCUAAAUAUGGACCUAUUAUUGCUGAAGAUGGAACCAUGAAUAAUCUUAAUGAGUACAUCGAAAUGCAUGCUACAGACAUUGUGACAAACUUAGAGGACUUCAUUGAUGGUGUAUACUCCAGCAAAUAUGGUGUGGUGGUAAGUGAAAGAAUGCUGAAAGAGUUCUUUUCUCAAAUCUAUCGGUGAUAUUUUUUUGAUUUUAUUCCUAUAAUGAGAAUUUAUCGUAUCCGAAGUGAUCAUUGUAAGAAGAAAUUAUAUAACAAAUUUUGAUACCUAACGAUUGGAAGCUUCAGAUAAUAUAUUGAUCCAAAUAUAUUUCUAUGAGUUACUAA